AUGACGCACCGAACAACACAACACGACGCUGCGACGUCGAAUGUCCUGGCCUGGUCAACACAUUGCGCAAAUAUGCCCUCCAUGGUAGAAGAUGAGUCCGCCGACGUCGACGAGCCACCGGAAACGCAACUCCCCAUUUCUCCCAUUACCAGCAUGUUCAAGCGAAACCCCAUCAGACGUACCACCCUCGACCACAACGCCUCCCUCUUGACCAAGGCGCUCCACAGCCCUUCCGAAGACGAGGACCCCGAAGCCCGUCCGGGUAUGUCCUUCUUUGCUCGUCGUCGCUCCAUGGCCAGCAACAUCAGCCUGGCCUCCACCGCCGACUUGACGAGCGAUACUGGUUUGACCAGCCCGUCCCGCGCCAACACCCCAAGCCCGCCUCUUCCCGAAAUGCGUCUCCUGAACAUUCACGACGAACCUGCCAAGGAGGCGCCCAAAAAGCGUUGCAUCCAGUUCGCCUGCGCGGCGAAGCCCAACAAGCCCGUUGAGCCUAUCCGCAGCCAGCCCAUGGUCAAGGCACCUUCUGCCCAGGAGCCUCAGCGAAGAUCUUGCAUCAAGUUCGCCUGCCCUGUUCCUCAACGCCCCGCUUCCACGCAAAACACGCCUCCCCAGCGAAUGGAGAUGGCAUCAGCCAGACUCCAAGCACCUGCCCCGGCGACAGCUCGCAAAACCCGUUCCAGAUCUCCCAGGCCCACACUUGCUCCUCCCCAGGUCGAUGCCUCUGUCAAGUCUCCCACCACCAAGAAGUACAUCACCGCCAACCCAUCCGACCUGAACAAUGAGUCGUCUCAAUUCCACGAGUUCGCCAGCGACAUUCCUCGCGAGGAUGACUGGAUCCGUCAGGCCUUUUCAUCCCAGGGACGUCGCAUUACCAUCGACGAUACUCUUAAGAAGGAGAAUGCCAUUCGCAAGCUUGCUACUGAGGCGGAAGAGGAGGCUGAGCAGGAGGAAGAGGACUUGGCCACCGCCAUUGACGAUGACGAGGACCUCGACAAUCUUGAUGACGCCGACGACGAUGAAGAUGAGGGCGAGGACGACGACGACGAGGAUGAUGAGGACGAAGACGAGGACGAUGCUUCUGAUGAGGAUGACAACUCUGAUGGCUACAAGACGGAUGAGGAAACCGGAUUUGCCGAUUCCGAGGAGGAAGAGGAAGAUGAUGACCUCCGCUUGUGGACUCCUGGCCGCUCCACUAUUCAGAAUAUCGACAGCACUCCUAUUGCCCGCAGGCCCUCCUUGCCUGAGCAGCUUUCGGAUUCGUCCAUUGCUUCUCACAGCAGCCUCCGCGCCCGACGCGGCCGGGCUCAGCGCAUCAAGAUCCGCCCUGGCACGCCUGAGCUUCCCGACAGCACUGAUUUCGUCUGCGGUACUCUCGAUGAGGAUCGGCCCAUGGAGGAUGCCUACAUGUCUUGCUUGGCUGCUCGCAGACGCGAGAAGCUGCAGCUGAUUCCUCAGGACAUUGACCCCAGCUUUCCUGCUUCGGACCCGGAAGACGAGGGUGAGGAAGAAAUCUACAACCCUGUCCACCACAGCAGUGACGACGAGAUGUUCUUCCACGGCAAGAUGGAGGAUCUGCACCACAAGAACGACCGAAGCCGUCGCCAGAAGAAAGCGGAGCACACUCCUCCCAAGCGCUUCCACUCUCCCCCGCCCAUCAAGCGCCGUGCCUCUCCCGCUCCCAAGAACCGUGGCCGCUCCCCUCGCCGCCUCUUUGAUGGUCCUUCCCCCCGUCGCCUGAGAUCACCGGCUCCUCAGAUGCUGAAGUCUCCCCCCGCCUCUCCUCGCAAUGAACACGGCGCGAUUACUUUCAAGACCUUGGCAUCUCGCCCUGGUCUCACCGUUACCAAGUCUCUUCCUCGUCCGCCUUCCAUGUUCCCCCACAUGGCUAAGGGACGUCGCUCCAAGGCUCCUGCCAACGAUCUGCAUAUCCGUGGCGCCAUUGACAUCGUCAAGGGCUUGGAGCGCAAGCGACAGCGUCGCAAGGAAAAGUUUUACCAAAAAUACUGCAACCGCGCUCGCAAGGGACAAGUCCCUGAGCGCAAGCCUCAGCGCGGCCUCGGAUGUGAGCGCAUGAGGGAAUUGGGCUUGCUCAUGGCCGGCAAGAUCGACCAAGGCAACUACGUCCUCUCUGUCUAG